AUGGAACGGGCCGUCGAUAAGCCAAAAGUGCUCUUCAGCUACAUAAACAGUAGGCUAAAGAACAAGGAGACAGUCGCAGUGUUGAAAGGAGAAAACAAUGAGGAUAUCAUCGAAAAUGACGCUAAGGCAGAAAAUCUAAGCCGGUUUUUCGUAUCGGUUUUCACCGAUGAAACGGACUUUGACGAGGCUGGGACAACCGACGAAAUAAUAGAAAACAUCGACUUCACGGAAGAAGAUGUGAGGAAGGAACUUCUAGCGCUUAAGGAGGGCAAGUCUCCGAGCCCAGACCAAAUUCCGGCAAAAGUGUUGAAGGAGUUGGCUUGCGAACUCGCCAAACCGCUUUGGCACCUCUUUAGGUCGUCGUUUGACCGAGGCAUUCUCCUCUCUGAUUGGAAAGUGGCGAACAUAUACCCCAUUCACAAGGGUGGAUCCAGAACAAGUGCAAACAAUUAUCGGCCGGUGAGCCUGUUAUGA